AUGAAUCGACUAGUGUUAGCGUUCGGUAUCGUCUGCUUACUGCAGGGACUCUCUGCUGAGCCAAAACCAGAGUUUGGUCUGGCAAACAACAUUCCGGCAAGCAGCAAAAUAACUACAGUGAAAGGCGAUGUAAACUCCAUUUCGAAUUCUAUUAAGGCGCUGGUUAUUCCCACUUUAACUUCCGGCAUGACCAAGCUUGAUACAACAAAGACAAAGAUUACAACCAUCAUCAACGAUUUCGAUACUAAGACCAAAGCUAUUACCGCUGGCUACGACACCUUGCUUGCUGCUACCGAUGGCAACGUUGAUGGAGCUUUCAGCUCGCUCAACUCAGCAAUUGAAGCAGCGCUUACUUACAUCUCUGGAGAUGGUGCCGCCAUUGGAACGGCCAUUGCCGAUCUUACGUACACCGGCAUCUCCGAUGAGUUGAACGAUGCCUUCACGCGCAUUGCCGCCGGUCUGACGGACCUGAAAACGAAAUCCGGCACCGCUCAAACCGCCAUCAAGGCUGCGUACACCGCCGAUAACUCUGCGAACGUCAGCUCGGCCACGUUGCGCCAGUACGUUACACUGAAAAUAAUGUACGACGUGUUGAAUUCCGCCACCAAGCUGCGCACGUACCUGCCACUCGUGAAGUACAUCCUGACGAUCACACUCGAGAACCUUUCCGAGGCGGACACUUACGUGAAUGGUUUGAAGGCCGCGCUAAACACCGAUGUGUCCACGAUUAGCGGCAGUUUCACCGCUGAAAUCAAAUCGUAUACCGACGCAAUCAAAACGGAGGUGGCAGCAGACUUUGCUUCAGGCGAAACUGCUGUUGGCAACGUUCAGUCAAGUGUAAACUCCAUGACGGGUAUUAUGGGAGCACCGAAGGCUAAUGAUCUGAAGGGACAAAUAUCUACUCUGAAAGGAUAUUUCGGAACUAGCAGUCUUGGUACAGGAACCACCGCGAUGGCGUCUGCCUUCACCCACAUUGAAACAGCACUCGCUGCACUGAUCACCUCGCUCAAGAACGCUGUCACUGUGACGGAUAAUCCGCUGGUCAACAAGUUAAUCGACACGCUGAUGGGCAAUGAUGAGUACGGUCGCUACUGCUACAACAAGUACAAGGACUUGGUCAAGGGUCUGUUCGAUGUGUCCUUCGAUGCCGGUUGGAUGUGUGUGGAUAGGGAAACCGCGCGUCUGCAGCACUUGAAGAUGACACUUGUGCUCAUCAUCGACCAAUUGGCGUUCGACUACGAAGACAUUGGUGCGCAGAUUGACGUAUGCAACAAUCUUGGAUUCAUCAGUGACAGCAAUACUAACGCUUGUGUCGACAAGCUGAACACUUUCUACGCUAAUAUGAUCGCUGCCACCAAGAGCAAGAUUGAUUUAGUGUUCACGAUCGCCUCCGACGAGGCCGUCGCCGUCGAGAACCGUCUGCUUAUCUGCUUCAACCUGGUCAACCUGGACACGUCCAUUACGCAGGUGGCAACAAUCACCGAGGGUCUCAAUAUUUGUUCCAAUAGCGGACCCAACGGUACGGAUUAA